AGUCCUGUCAAUUUAUUAAAAACCGUAUCUAGUCGCAUCCGCAAUUCCAUAAAUGGCUCCACCAGCAAAAUCCGCGGGCAAAGCGAUGAAGAAGUCCGGCAAGGCUCAGAAAAACAUCACCAAGUCCGACAAGAAACGCAAGCCCAAGAGGAAAGAAUCUUACGGUAUUUACAUCUACAAAGUACUGAAGCAGGUGCAUCCUGACACCGGAGUGUCGUCGAAGGCCAUGAGCAUAAUGAACAGUUUCGUCAACGACAUAUUCGAGCGCAUUGCUUCCGAAUCUAGUCGUCUCUCACACUACAACAAACGUUCCACAAUAACCAGUCGGGAGAUUCAAACCGCCGUCCGCUUGUUGUUGCCCGGAGAAUUAGCAAAACACGCCGUCAGUGAAGGCACCAAAGCCGUGACGAAAUACACCAGCUCUAAGUAAAUUAAUCUGUGAAAUGUUAUGGAACUCCUCUCACUAUAUCAUUUUAAAACGGCCCUUUUUAGGGCCACAAAUCUUAAUAAGUAUUUAUUUGUAACGUUUUUUAUAAUAUGCGGGGUCAUGUAAAAAACAAGUGUUAAAAGUUUUUUACUAUACUCGUAAAAACAAUAUUGUUAAUUCUUAUUAUAGAUUUAACUAUUACAGAUUAUAUUUAUGUACCUUAUCACG